AUCACCUCCACCGAGCCCGAAAUCAACGAGAAUAUUAUCAAAGUUGGUGUAGAAAUACUGACCCUACAGCAGUCAUUCUGUCAUUUGAUUUUGCCCAAACCGUUCACUACCCUGUCAGUCCACAACAACCUGGUACAGCAUACUUCAAAGCAACCAAGAAGUGCGGAGUCUUCGGAAUUACAGACGAAAAACAAAAAGUUCAGUACAAUUACAUGAUAGACGAAAAAGAUGACGUUGGUAAAGGACCUAACUGUGUUGUGAGCAUCCUGCAUUAUCACCUGCAAACCUACUAUAAAGACAUUGAAACACUCGUCCUUUUCUGUGACAAUUGUGUUGGGCAGAAUAAGAAUAACACUGUACUAUCAUAUCUGCAAUGGUGUUUGGCUCGGGGUCUUAACAAAACUAUUUUAUUCAAUUUUCUACUUACCGGGCACACUAAGUUCGCGCCUGAUCGUUACUUCGGUAUUUUCAAAAGUAAGUAUGCCGUCAGUAACAUCGACACGUAUGCAGAUUUACUGCAGUGUGUCGAGGCAUCAUCACCUGGGGGUUAUAAUAAAGCUGUAUCGGCUGAAAAAGUCGUCUGGUAUGAAUGGGACAGCUAUUUUAAACCACUGUACAAGUCACUUGUUGGAAUAACGCAAUUCCAUCAUUUCAUAAUCUCUACAGAUUGUGUAAAAACAAAGAAAUUCGCAGACAGUGAAGAAGUGCAGUCUUUUAAGCUUCUGUUAAAACCUAUCGAUCCUGAAAUGCCGAAAGUUAUACAACCAGCCGGUUUAUCUUUGGAACGUCAGUGGUACAUCUAUCACAGUCUUCGCAGCUUAGUUUCGGAUAUAUCUAAAGUAGAUAUUGUGGCUCCAUUGCCGAAAGAUUUGCCAUCGAAGAAACGGAAGGCAAGAACUAGUGAAGAUGUUCUCAAACCUGACGAGGAACCAGGUCCAUCUUCCUCAGGAUCAACACGUAAAAAGAUCUCAAGGAAAACGACAACAAAGAAAAAUACAUAAACUACUCAGCAUUA